AAGGAGAGUGCCUCUCAUCUGACUGUCUUUCAGGUGGCUCGAGGCAAUGGACAAAGCAACCCAUCCUGUUCACCAGACCCAUGUCUGGGAAGACGUUACUCUGCACAACAGAAGCCUCCCACCCCUGGCUAUCAAGAACCCGGAGUGCCUGGGCCUUUUGCACCAACUGGACAGAAGCACAGAUGUGUGGGUCCAGCGCUACUGCAUUCUGAAGGAUGGCUGCUUGUACUUCUACGCUGGCAUUCGCUCUACUCAGGCCUCAGGUGGCCUGUAUCUACAAGGAUAUAGGGUGAAUGAACAGACCCUAAGCUUCAAGCAGUCAGUAAUUGAACUCAAACCCCCAUCCGAAGAGUUCAAGACUUUCUAUUUCUGUGCAGAAAGUAAGACAGAGAACCAACGCUGGAUUACAGCUCUGAAAGCGUCCAUCAAAAAGUGGCUUCCUUUGCAUCAGGCUGUUCAAGACUUCAUGAACCGACCUCUAGAGGAGACCAGAAUGUGAAAGAAUCCCUCAUCUUAAGAGAAGGGACCCAGAAAAUCAUCACCAACCUGCUGUGGGAAGAAACAAAAACAUUUUUCAUUAGAUAGUAUUCAACUGAAUGCUCCUCAGAUACACUAAAACUUUGUGGUAAGGUCAUAAUUUUGUUUUUGAACCAAAGCUCCAAAAUCUAAUGUAACAUUCAGGAAAUACAACUUAUGUCAACAUCAUUAAUCCCCUCAUGUUUUUGCCCCUCAGGUUAGCAUCAAAAUAUAGUAUGUCCCAUACCCCCGUCUUUUGAAAGCAUAAAUAAAUAAAAGUUGAUUUAUUUUCUCUUUCGUA